AUGGUCUGCUCGAAGCGAGGCUGCAAAGGCGGCCGAGUGGUCACCUUCGAGGAUGCAGUUCCCGCUGACGACCCAGUCGCCCUGGCCCAAGCUCAAGUCACCUUCUGGAAGAAGUGGAAGCCAGAUGGAGAGGAGCACAAGGCGGCGCUGGGCAAGCUCAAGUUCGCCAAGGCGCAGGCGUUGUCAGCCAAGAGCCUGGAGCAGCAAGCACAAUCCUUGCCAGAUCAACUCCAGGUGUUGCGCCAGAGGUUGCAGGCGCAGAAGCAGGAGGCCAGCGAGCUGGUCACUACAAUUGUCGAGGCAAGUGAAUAUCACGGCAAGCUGGUCGAGGAGAUCGAAGCUAAUUCAAAAGAAGUGCAAACGCUGGAGACACAGCUCAAUGCGGCCACCCAGGCGGCUGCGUAUGAGGCAUCCAAAGCUGAAGAUUUGCUCACCACCAUUCAAGGAGUUAUACCCGCCAGAAUGCCACAAGGAGGACUGGCCCCACCUGAACUACGAGAUAAAGUAUCGGAGCUGGCCGCCAUGUUCGACACCUUGCAGCAGCAACACGUCGCAUCCCAGGCCUCGGGCGCACCAGCAGGUGGCGGCCCGCCUGCGGAGGCGGCCCCGCGCGGGGUCAUCGACGGCUUCCCUGCAGUUGGAGAGAGCCCUGAUGACGGCCAGGCAAGUCAGACGCCCGCGCCCAUCCCAGGCCAGCACGUCCCCACUCCUGCCGACGACAAGGAGCUGGAGACCACGGCAGAGGCGCAGGCCAUGGACACGUCUGAAGGCCGCCGCCGUGCGGCUGCUGCGCUGUCCGAGGUCGCCCAGGGCAUGGCCAAGAUCCAGAGUGAGUCAGGCCCCGAGACCAAGAGGGUCAAGGCGGCGGCCGAGGCUGCGGCGCUCGCGGCCACCCAGGGCCAGAAGCCGCCAGG